CACCGUCAGCAAAGUCACGGUCAGCUCACAUUCCUCCCGCAUUCCAGUCGUUCCAGUCAAACGACAUGGCCGGCCCAUCCUCUGCUCGCGAGCGCGGAACCGCCUCCGGUGUCCAUCAUCAUCACCGCACCAUCUCCUCCACUACGCUCCUCCUCAUCCUCUCUCUCGUCCUCGCCGUUCUCGCUGUCAUGCUCUCCAUCCCCAAUCGCUCUGGCGGUGGCGGCGUUCUUAACCCUGAAGCACCCGGCUCCGGCCUGUGGGGCUAUCUCACACCGAGACGCAGCCAAGUUCUUGUCGCCCGUGAAAGCCAGGUAGCUCUCCGGGAAGCUGAGGUCGCCCGUCGUGAAGCAGAGCUACUCGCCGGCCAGCCAGGAGGACUUACUAUCGCCGCCUGCGAACCAUGUCCAGCCUGCGCCCCCAUUAUGCCUCCGCCAUUGCCGCCUCUUCAGACUAUCAUUCAAGAAAUUACUCGCGAAGUGGAACCCUUGCCGUCUCCGGUGACCCCCUCGAUUCCUGGUUGGUGGAAGGAGGUUGAGGACCGCAUGGAGACACUGUUCCAACGUGAGCUCAAGGUUAGCGAUCGGGAGAAAGAAGUCGGACGCCGGGAGGAAACAGUCAAUCGUCGCGAGCACGAUGCUGGAAGGCGCGAGACUUGGAUUAUGGAGCAGCUCUUGAACGUGGGUAAUCAGCCUCAGGAUGUGGAGACGGAAGAGAUCAUUUACGAGACUCGGAGGGCAAAGCCUAAGGAGCUUCCUCCUUCCGCCGCCCCUCCUCAUUUUGCGGCUGCGCCUCCUCCUUACGCGGCUGCGCCUCCUUUUGCGGCUGCUCCUCCUCCUUUUGCAGCUGCUCCUCCGCCCCCGCCUCCCCCGCCUCCAGUGGGCUCUCUGAGAAUAACUACUGUCACACGUACGCUUUAUCCACAAGAGCCCGCAGCCACCCCUGCCCAAACACGCGUGGCCGCUCCUCCCUCUCCUGAAGACUUCACCGUUACCGUUGAUGGCCGUCCUGUCGGUCGUACCCAUAAGGCCCAGCAAGUGGUAGAGGUGUUGGAGGAACAGGUCGUGGAUGAGACACCCAGUCAAGCCCAACCAGAGCGGGAGACCGAGACCAUCUACGUGCGUGAGCGUGUCCCUCCUGGCCGUGCUUGGUGGUAGGUGAUGAGCCGUCAAGUGCUCUCUUUCCGAUUUUUGGAGUGUAUAUAUCUGCUUUCUUCCGUUUUCUUGUGAACAUAAGCUUACCUCGUCUUCUCAAAAUCUUGUUUUGAUUUAUCCCUCCCCAUUUAUUCCUGUUUGAACGAUGGAUGCCUGUCUGUAGUGAGUAGAUGCUCUUUAGUAUAGCCCGCCACGACUCGAACGAAUCGAAUUGAUUUU